AUGCAUCUCUUCACCCUUCUCGUCCUUAGCCUCGCCCACUUCACCCUAAGCAAUGCAUCAGUCUGCCCAGCACCAGCAGGAUGCGGCACUGCACAAGCAUGCAUCGGAACCGAGUUUUGCACAACAGCAACCUUCGUCUCACCCACGACAACAACAAUAACAACCUGCGUGCCAACAGCCACCUGCGCAGGAGUUUACUUAUCAAACCUAUCUAACUACAUACACGUAUAUUUGCAACAGCACCCUGCCAAGCAGGCGGCCCAGGUCCAACUUGUUGCUCGGGAUACUGCGCAGCAACUCGGUGCCGAUCGACCGACGACACUUACCCGUUCUGUAGUGAGGAUAAUGGACCUUGUGUUGUGGAUGAUCAUUGCUGUUAUGGGAAUAUUUGUAUGGACGGGAUUUGUUCAAGGCCUUGAUGAGAUUGGUAAGGGUAAGGGUGAGGGUAAGGGUAUUUGGUCGGUGGAGGAGUUUGUUAUGCACGUUUGGUAG